CAUGCCUCAACGCGGCUUUUGACCGAAAAAGCCAACGCAAAGUUUGACCAGCAAGGGACAGCCUCUUCCUGAAAUCCCCCGCUCACUUCAAUACAGGAAGUAGACUGAAAAGGCAGGUCUCAAAGUCUCUUCCCCACUUCGCAGGUCUGCGCUCGGGCGGUUUGGGCCCCGGGACUGGGCGGGGGAAGCCGAGAAGGACGUGUCCUGCUGAGUGAAGCUUGGACCCUCCCUGAAAAGAAGAGAAAGGGGGAGAACGAUGCGGAGAAGCCGAGGGGCCGCUGCCUGCAGGAGGGACUCGGAAAGCCCUUCUGAAGUUUGAGCUACCCUCAGUGACUUGGCAGGGAUGAUGAAACCGGCGGGGGGCCGAGGAGUCGGGGACCACCCUGGUCCUAUUCCAGAUAAUGGACAAGGAGAGAAAGAAGAAAAGACAGAUGAUGAAGAGGAAGAAGACACUGAGUCCCUUUGGUCAGCUGCCCUGAGCAAAUGCCUUCCCCGGGGAAUUAGUGUUCUGGAGAAGCUUAUUGCCACCUGCCCAGUCUGGCUACAGUUGGACAUGGACCGGGACAAGGCAGCUCAGAUCCUGGAAAGGGAAACAACUGGGAUCUUCUUGGUCCGUCGGGAGAGUAAUCUCAAGCACAUGAUCCUCUCUGUCCAUUUCCCUUCCCUGAACGAGACUCUUUCACAUGUACUGGAAUACAACAUUAAAGAAGAAAAGUCAAUCCUGUACCUGGAAGGAUCUGUUCUUGUAUUUGAGGAUAUCUUCAAACUGAUCGCUUUCUACUGCGUUAGUAGAGAUUUGCUGCCCUUCACCUUAAGACUGCCUCAGGCGAUUUUGGAAGCCAACAACUUUAAAGAGCUUGAAACCAUCUCUAAUCUGGGGAUAGGUUUCUGGGACUCAUCUCUAAAUCCUCGGAGAAGGAGAGAUACCACUGGCUCAGCUCCAGCGACACCGCUAGCCACCAGUGGCCGAUCCCCACCACGUUAUGCAAACUGUUCCUGUGAAAUUGAGUUGUCAAUAGGAAAUGACAGACUGUGGUUUGUGAAUCCUAUUUUUAUAGAGGACUGUAACAGCUCACUACCUUCAGAAGAAGCCGUACUUCAGAGUUGCCAGGCCAGUUUGAUUCCCCCUAUUGCUACCUCACCUGCUUCUACAAGAACUCCUCGAAGGCGGCCACCUCCUCCACCUCCUCCUCCUCCUCUUUCUUCUUCUGCUGCUGCUGUCCCCCUCUCUCCUCCUGAUCCUACUGUCUCUGCUGCUGCUGCUGCUCCCCUCUCUGCCCCUGCCCCUUCUGUCUCUCCUGCUCCCCUCUCUGUCUCUGCUGCUGCUCCCCUCUCUGCCCCUGCCCCUUCUGUCUCUGCUGCUCCCCUCCCUGCCCCUGCCCCCUCUGUAUCUUCUGCUGCUGCCAAUGUCCCCCUGGCUCUUGCUGCAUCUUCUCUUUCAUCAGUUCCUCCACCCUGCCUUCCAGUUGCUACUGCACCUCCUGUAGGACUUCCUGGAAAGUCUGGCCAGCAGCCUGUGACUCCCUGUGCGAAGGUCCCACCCUGUCCAGUGAACUUAGGACAAAUUGGUGAAGGGGAUAAAAAGGAGGCCGUGGUGCCCAACUCAUCCCCACAGCUCCUGGAAUCCAAAAAGAGCACCCGGCCAGCUAUUCCCCCGAGGAGGAAGCUCUCAGAGAGGAUUUCAUUGGAAGACAACAGCAUGGUGAAGACUGAAGGGGGGGAUGGAACGGAAGGAGUGAGGUGGCAGGGAGAGCAGCAGGAUUAUCCCCAGACCGUCCCCAAUAGCCUUCCAAUCAAAAAAGCAAUAGGUGUUCCCAGAAGAGCUAUGGAGCAAGGCCUCCAUGUGAAGGAAUCUGCCAUGGUCAGUGUUAUAGGAAAUGGCCCUGAGCAAGAGAAAAAGACUAAGCAACCUCCCAUCCCACCCCCAAGGAAGAAGAGGAUUUCUCGACAGCUUGCUUCCUACCUCCCCAGCCAGCCCGAAAACCCUGAACCUACAGGUGCACAGUUACAUGGACAACACACCCCAACUCUUCCCAUAACCAGCUCCCCUGCCCACAGAGGCUCUGGCACCCAUGUGUCGACUCAGUGGGAGGCCAAAGGCACCCCGCCAUCCUUGGGUUCCUCAGAGUUCAAAGGCUCCAUGGCUUCACUGGCUGACAGCCUGGGGACAUCAGCCCUCACCCCAGACCAGGACUCCUACUCCACCAGCAGCACAGAGGAUGAUCUGGACCAGUUCAGCAGCCCCAGUGUGAAGAAGAAGUCCUCCGUGAUCCUGGGCAAGGCCAAACACCGACUGUCCUUUGUGAAUUUCUCCAAUGUCUUCAAUGCCUUCCUUUCCAGCAACCGGAAGCUACAAAAGAAACUGGUGGAGUUGGCCCAGGAAAAGGACUCAUACUUUGGCAACCUGGUACAGGACUAUAAAGUGUACAGCUUGGAGAUGAUGGCAAAGCAGAACUCCAGCACAGAGAUGCUCCAAGAAAUACGAAUGAUGAUGACCCAGCUGAAGAGUUACCUGCUGCAGAGCACGGAGCUUAAGUCUUUGGUGGAUCUUACCCUUCAUUCAGAGGAAGAACUUGAAGCCAUUGUGGAGUCUGCCUUAUAUAAAUGUGUGCUGAAGCCCCUGAAGGAAGCCAUUUAUUCACACCUCCAGGAGAUCCACAUCAAGGAUGGGGCCCUACAGCUCCUAAAAGGAAAUCAGUUAGUCAUCUUGGCCACCACCACCACUGACCUGGGUGUGACCACCAGUGUGCCGGAAGUUUCCACCAUGGAGAAGAUCCUUCACAAGUUCACUAGCAUGCACGAAGCCUACUCCCCUGAGAAGAAGAUUUCAAUCCUGCUCAAGUCCUGCAAACUCAUCUAUGACUCCAUGGCCUUAGGGAACCCAGGGAAACCCUAUGGAGCUGAUGACUUUCUUCCAGUCCUCAUGUAUGUCCUGGCCCGCAGCAACCUGACAGAAAUGCUUCUCAAUGUAGAAUACAUGAUGGAGCUCAUGGACCCCGCCCUGCAACUGGGGGAAGGUUCCUACUAUCUCACCACAACUUAUGGGGCCCUGGAACACAUCAAGAACUAUGACAAGAUCACUGUCACAAGGCAGCUAAGCGUGGAGGUACAGGAUUCCAUCCACCGCUGGGAACGCCGCCGGACCCUCAACAAGGCCCGAGCUUCUCGCUCAUCUGUGCAGGACUUCAUCUGCAUUUCCUUCCUGGAGCCUGACAACCAAUCACGAACACUGGCGUCGAAGUCGGACACAUUAGCUGAGCAGCUGAGAGCCCAGUGUGCCGAGAAAUUCGAAGUGGCUGAGCCCCAAGACCACAGACUCUUUGUCCUGGUGGAUGGCAAGUGCUUCCAGCUGGCAGAUGACUCGCUUCCCCAUCACAUCAAAGCCUACCUGCUGAAGAGCGAGCCCAAGAGGGAUUUCCAUUUUAUUUAUAAAGCCAUGGAUGAAGGAGAGACCCAGAUUCCCAUUGUAAAGGAACCAAACUUUCUCUGAGAGCAAGACCUUCCUUGCAGCUCCGCAUGUACAAAGGCAGAGGUGUACACCUGGUGUUUACAGUGUGGGAUUCAGGCCUGAGAGUUGGAUCUCACUAAUAAGCAGUAUUUCCCCCAAGGUCCUCCCUCUUCCUAUUAGAAGAAAACCAUUGUGGACCAGGGCAGUAAAAUGUAUGUGUGUGUGUGUGUGUGUGUGUGUGUGUGUGUGAAUACACAUACACACACACGAGCCUUCAGACCUUAGAAUCAUGGACUGCUUCUCAUAGUACAUUAAAAGCAUCCAGUCCAACCUCCCUCAUUUUAAAAACAAAGAAGUAGAGGCCCAGAGAUGGGGAAUGACUUGCCCAGUAGGGUCACAUAGCUAGUGAGAAAAAAAGCUGGGGCUUUUCAAACUCAGGUCUCCUGUUUUUCACCCCAAGGCUCUCUCCACGAUGGCUCCUCCCUGGGUCAGGGGGACUCGGUUUUUAACAGAGAAAAAGUUACUGGGGAAAUGACCCCCAUACUAUUUCAGACAUAGAACUGCCUGACUGGGGGAAGGGAGGAGGAGGAAGUAGGGAGCUACAGCUCUGUGGGUCCUGUGGUUACCCAGCUUCAAGGCCAACAAGACAAUGGCAUUUGGCCUCGUGUGGAUCCCUGCCUUGGGCCCUCCAUGAAACCAUCCUUGUGAAGUGGAGCCCCAGUGGGAGGGCUUGUGAAGACUACCCAGAGGUGGCCUAGCAUGGCAGUCUCUGACCGUCCUGUGCAGUGAGAAGGGAUGCAGUUCAGAAAUCCCUCUGACACUGUAGCAGGCUGCAGGAAUGCUCAGGACUUCCACAGGAGACUACUGGGAGACUUUGCCACUGUCACUUCAGUUGGGCAUGUCAGGGGAAGGAGAAGUCCCAUUCCCUUCAACUCCACUGCCCUCGGGAAUGUUUACCUUGGCACAAUGAAGAAUGGAGCCCCCAAGUAUCCUUCUCUGCCGAAGGGAAAACUGACAGGAACAUAAAUAAACAAGGGAGGUAUGGACUCAAAGACCAAAUGUAAAGUACUUUGGGGAAUUCAAUAAACAUAAUAAUUUUGAAACUGGUUCAGCCUCUGGCCUGAACAAUGAGGAUAUGAGAUGUAGGUCCAAGAUUUCCUGAGUUAAA